GCCUAUAUAAACCAGGACACGGAGUCUGCUUCAGACAAGGUGACACUCGCACUCAGCUUCAGACAUGUCUGCCGUUAAAUCCGGAUCGUCUCUGCGGAGUCUGCUUCUGACUCCGGAGCGGAUCCCAGACUUUCUCAUCCCGUCCCGCAGUCCGCUCCGCGUGCUCUCCCCGCGGGCUCACCGGAGCUCCCCGGACCGGACCAGACUGCUGUCGGACCGUGAUGAGGACAGUCCUGGAAGCGGUUCCCCGGAGGUCUCGCACAGCCCCGCGGCCUCCCCCCGGUUCCUGCUCCGCCUGCCGCCGCGGAUCAGAGCCCCCCGACGCGGCGCGGCGGCGGAGUCCGCGGACACGGACCUGACGACGCGUGCGGCCAUGUCGCUGCCGCACGUGGAGAAGGUGACCACGCCUUACGGCUUCCGCGCAGUGCUGGCCUCGAGCCCGUGCACGCGCCGGCGGGAGUCCUUGUUUCACCGAAACAAACCGCUGACUGUGACGGUCACAGACGCCGAGCCUCAGGAUCCGGCGGACUCUCCACCGCCACCUGCUCCUCAUCCUCCUCCAGGUCCCGGUCCCGGUCCCGGCAGGUCCCGCGUCUGUCUGCGGCCAGUUAAAGCUCUCGGUCUGCAGGUGAUGAAGGAGCUUAAGAGACCUGCAGCCGCUCUGAAGGCUCUGAGUCCCGGGGCUAUGAAGACCGUGACCCGCUGAUGUGGCAGGCGGACCGGAGCCUGUCCCGGUGCCAGGACCGGGACAGGCUCCGGGUU